GGUGGCGACUUCACGCGCCACAACGGCACUGGCGGCAAAUCCAUCUAUGGGGAGAAGUUCCCCGAUGAGAACUUCAUCCUGAAGCACACGGGCCCUGGCAUCCUGUCCAUGGCCAAUGCCGGCCCCAACACGAACGGCUCCCAGUUCUUCAUCUGCACUGCCAAGACCGAAUGGUUGGAUGGCAAGCAUGUCGUCUUUGGCCGUGUCAAGGAAGGGAUGAACGUGGUGGAGGCCAUGGAGCGCUGUGGCUCCAAAGAUGGCAAAACGAGCAAGAAGAUCACCAUUACCGACUGCGGGCAGCUCUCGUAAAACCUCCUCUUAACAACUGACCAUUCCUUCGGCAGCCCGGGUGCCGCGCCCUGCUGCAGCUCGCCCCAUCCCACCCCGCUCCUGACUUACUGCUGCGUUUCUAUCGGGUCUCAGCCCCACAAGCACGGUCCAGCCGGGCCGCAGUUACCUUUAUGAGUCUAAAUAAAACGAGUUAAACCACA